AUGACCGCACCUACUUACCACCUAACAAAAGGCCCCAUGGGCUCACUCUUCUCCACCUUCGGCGUCUCCAACAGUGUCAAGAUCCCUCUCCAAGGAGCGACCUUCAUCACAACCUCCGGCCAGCCAGGUUUUGAUCUGCAAACCGGCAAACUCGUCACUUCAUCCGUCCGGGACGAAAUCAGCGCCUGUUUCGACUGCGUCCAUGCCGCCCUGCAGGCUGCUGGAGCCGAAGAAGGUCUUGCCAAGGCAUACAAGAUCUCGGUCUAUCUGCUGGAUGUGAAGUAUGAUCCUCUGGUUCUGGAGGUCUGGAGAGAGAGGUUUCCGGACCAUAGGCCUACGAUGGUUACGGUUGGGGUCGGGAGUUUGGCUCAAGAGGGGAUGCACGUGGAGAUGAUGGCUGAUGCGGUGGUUUACGAAGCGGCGCAGCAGCUUGUUUCACCGUACUUCAACGACAUGAAAUUCAUCGAGAGCUUUGCUGCCUUUGCUGCAUUGGCAUUGGUUCACGCACAAACACCGAGCAACUUCUCAGUUGUGUCUCCCAACCCCCUGAGCGUAGUUCUCAAUCCUGGAAACAUCACCCUUUCUCCAGGAAAGCUUGUCUCCGCAAAUGACGUCGUGGACUCUCCCUCCCUCGCCCUAUCGAACUCAUCGAACCAGAACUACGUCGCCUUCAUAGUCGACCCGACAAGCGCUUCGGGAUCAUACCUGCAUUUGCUACAGCCAAACCUCGUAGCAGACACCACCGGCAACUUGACAGUCGAUGCAACAGCCAGCGGUGCCUCCAGCUCUGCAGGAGCGAGUUACAGAGCACCAGACCCGCCAACGGAUAACUACGCCCACGAGUACGUUAUUCUCUUAUACCAACAACCCUCAAACUGGGCCAUCCCGAGUCCCUACUCCUCUAUCAACCCACCGGCGCAGACACGGGACAGGAUCGGCUUUGUGAUGGCGGAUUUCCAGCAAGCGGCAGGGCUGAGCGCGCCGGUUGGGGCCAGCUUCUUUCGCAUCGUCAAUGGCUCACCUCAGAUGACGAGUACUCUGAGUGCUGUUCCUACUGGUGGUGGGGCGCCUGCUACGCAGUCGGGUACGCUGGCUACAGCUACUGGAAGUAGCACAUCUGCACCGUCAACGUCCACCAGCGCGAGCGCCAACACAGCCGCGCUCCGGGUCAACCAGAGCCCUUCUCAAGGCGGCCUUAUGGUGAUUCUACUCGUGUUGAUGCUCAUGUAA